CGCCCUCCCGUCGCCAUUUUCCGGGUCCCGUAGUCUCGCGCUGCUGCUGGUGUCUGAGGGCACGAGCGGAAAACACGGUCAAAGUGUUCGUACCCAGGAGAAAGUCUCGUGAAGCCCCGGGGAUCCCUCGCGCGGGCUGCUGUCGGUGAGCGCACGCGGGAGGGGGGGAGAGAUGCACGCGCGGGACACGAGCCGCCGCCGUCAGAUCGUUUUUCUGUGUGAGGACGUGUUGGUCGCGAGCCGCCAUUUUUCUCCCCGCGCCGCCUCAGAGGAGUCGAGGAGCGGGUUCGAUUCCGUGACACCGAGGAAACACCGAGCCGCGUUCCCCACCGGCGACAUGCGGAUAUAAAGAAGAAGAAGAACAAGUGAGGGGCCAUCUUUUGAUUUCUCUGCCUCCCCCCCCCCCACACACACACCCCUGUUCCCUCGUACUGACAACCGAGCGAGGCGGAGGAGUCACCGGAACCGGAGCUGCUGCUGCUUGUUUCUCGGAACGAAAAGAGGAAGCUCCGCUCAUCAUUUGUUGCUUCGUCCUGUGUGUCAAGUUCUCUGGUUUCCACUCGGUUCGUCGCUGAACACAGGAGACACAUUAUGCUCCAAAGUUGGAACCAGCCGGUCCCCGCCUGCAUCUGAAAAUACCAGGUUGUUGUUUUUUUGUUUUUUUAAUUUCUGCUUAUUUAAAAAAGAAAAGAAGAAGAAACCUCCGGAGCCUGCGACGUUCGUGCAGAAAUCACUCGGGAAACCCCUCUCAGUUUGUCGGGGCGACACAUGCCCUGCCCUGCAUCCUCCAAACCCUCCACCCAGCGGUGAUCGACCGACACACGUUUUUAACUUAUUCUCUAGUUUUCUCACUAACUUAUUAUUUUUGAACACAAUCAUGUCCGCUCGGUUCGAUUCCUCCGACCGGUCCGCCUGGUAUUUCGGCCCCGUGUCGCGACAGGAGGCACAGAACCGGUUACAAGGACAGAGACACGGCAUGUUCCUGGUCCGGGACUCGUCGACCUGCCCCGGCGACUACGUGCUGUCGGUGUCGGAGAACUCCAAAGUGUCCCACUACAUCAUCAACUCGUUGCCCAGCAAGAGGUUCAAGAUCGGCGACCAGGAGUUCGAGCAUCUCGCCGCCCUCCUGGAGUUCUACAAGAUCCACUACCUGGACACGACCACCCUGAUAGAGCCAGCACCCAGGUACCCAAGCACAGUGAGUCCCAUCCAGCCAAUGGGCGGCCCAGAUGAUAACCUAGAGUAUGUGCGGACUCUGUACGACUUCACUGGCAGCGAUGCGGAGGACCUCCCCUUCAAGAAGGGGGAGAUCCUUAUCAUCCUGGAGAAGCCAGAGGAGCAGUGGUGGAGCGCCAAGAGUAAAGAGGGGCGUGUCGGGAUGAUCCCCGUGCCCUACGUGGAGAAAGUGGCACGACCCUCCCCCCACCCCGGCCAGCCUUCCCACGGAUCUCGUAACUCCAACAGCUAUGGGAUCCCCGAGCCAUCCCACGCCCUUGUCCACGCUUACGCUCAGCCCCAGACGCCGUCGCCGUUGCCCCCUGGUAUCCCUGGAGCAGUUAACACUCCUCUACCGUCCAUGCAGAACGGCCCUGUCAUGGCAAAGGCCGUCCAGAGACGAGUGCCAUGUGCCUACGAUAAAACAGCUCUUGCUCUGGAGGUUGGUGACAUCGUCAAGGUUACGCGGAUGAACAUAAGCGGUCAGUGGGAGGGUGAGGUGAACGGACGGCGAGGCCUCUUCCCAUUCACCCACGUCAAAAUCAUAGACCCCCAGAAUCCGGAUGAGAGUGACUGACCCUCGACUGGAGCCUCUUGCCAGUAUCGACGUGUGCCCAAAUCGGCUGGCCGUCGCCACCUUUUCCCGCCAUUGUCACCGCGGUUACGUGCUUGCCUGCUUGGGGCUGUACCAUGAUUGCGGCCCCUCUCGUUGCCAACCGUCGCAGGGCUUACUGACUGUUUACAGCUUUGGACAGUGGAUCCAAACUAAAAUCCUGACCCCACUUCUCCCCCCGUCCCCUUCCCUAUGUCUUGGUUCCAGGCUGGGCAGUGUUUUUUCGCAUUAGUGUCCUUUUCAUUUCCAGAUCACUGGGCAUCAGUGUGAGUGUGUGUGUAUGUGUGUAUGUGCAUGUGUGUAGGUGUGUGUACACGAUAGAUAUUUACCACAUUACAUCAAAUGUCUGUUUUUUUUAAAUUUGAUUUCGGAGUACUUGUUAUGUUUGAAGUCUUGGGGACUUUAGAAACUGUUGGUGUGCGAUUGUUUAGUUGAUGCUUGAGACGAAGUCGGGGAAAGCUACAUCCCCGUGGACUUAGGAGAGCACUGAGGUGAUGAGGAGUUAACCAGCCAGUCAGAUCUUAAUUCUCCAAACAAUCAACAAUCAGUCACUUUUGUUACUUACAUCACACACUUAUUGGCCAUGAGGAUUUUCAGGUUGACGGUUCUUUGUUGUGUAUGUGAUGUGCGACUGGAGUCAGGAGGUAGCAGAUGUGGAAGAGCGCGGUUUUAAUUUGACAUUAUAGAUCCGAUAAUCCCAUCCAACCUGGCACAAGUCUGGCUGACACGAUUAUUUAUCCUUCUGUUGAUGACAGAUGACGCGGCUGUUAUGUGAUCUCAUCUGUUACUUAUUUGUGCCACGUGAUCAAAAAUACUUCUUUGUUUAUUUGUUAUUUUAAUGGAGACAUCAAUAAGAUGUGUUGUGGAGGGGGUUUUUUUUGCAUGCCCAUUUGGUACCGCUUGAUUGCCAUUCUCAUUAAAUUUAUAGACGAGCAGGGUUGUUUAGUGCCAACAGCAACAAGCACUGGAAGAUAUAUUCCAACUUCUUCCAGUGAAGUGCCCAGCUUUGAACAGCUAGCUUAAAACGCAGCAUGAGCACUCGGGACUAAAGGCUUUUACUGAAAUGAGAACUCUGCUAUAUCAGUGGUGUAGGUCAGGAAAUGUGGAAAUGCCUCAGCAAGCCAAUGAGAUGCCUUUUUUUCCAGAUAGUAAAUGCAUCUUUUAGUGCAUGCGACGCCCUCUCUAACCAUAUGUUUUUAAUGUGAUGUUACUCCUGUCAAUUUACAACCUGCUCUAUUCCUUCAACAUUCAGUCCGUGCACAAUUUUUUACUCAUUUUAUGCAAAACAGACUCCAUCGGACUAGUUCAAACUGCGCUGCAAACAAUUCAGUUUGUUUAGUAGGAGCUGAGGGUGUAACGAUUAUGAAAACAUUGAUGACCCCUUAAUUUCUGCUGUAAAAAAAAAAUUUAAAAAAAAGUUUUGCUCACGUGUUUUCCCCACCCCGUGCUCUCUGUUCAAAUCAUUACUCGGCCGUUCACGCUGAGUAAUUGUGCAGCUUUUAGUUGUAUCCAAGUUUUUGUUUGUAGUCAGCUAUUAAAUCAAGCAUUUUUUUUUUUGUUCAAAUGAGUGAUGUUAUUAAACAAAAAGUACCUAAGGUGACAUUUACAAAAGGGAAAAAUGCCUGCUGGUUGCCUCUGUGCAUGACCUCUUGGCCGGGGGAGAUGUUUCUGCUCGGCCAAAUGCUGCUUAAUGUCAUUCGUUUCCUUAUUGAAUAAAGGUUUCUCUUAUUUUGAUCCCCUCUGGUCUGUGCAAACAAACCAGUGUGGGGUUUUCCUCAUCAGACAUAAUGAAAUCUACUAAUUAAGCAAUAUGCCCUGAUUAGUUCCUUUUCUCGAGGUGAACUCGCUUUUCUCAUGCUUCUGAGUUGUUUAUUUGUAAUGGCAUUAACAGUAUUACUGUGCUCUCUUCUCAUAUUCUAGGAAAGCCUGUCUUGUACUUAAGAAUUGAAAAUUGUGCCUUUUAUUUUCUUAUACCAUUUACAUGUGUUAAUAUUUCCCAUGGUUAACACCUGUGCUGGUAUUGACCCUUUAUGUACAGAACAAGUAAAUAAAAUUUACGUCUACUUCUUUAA